AAUUGAAUAAUUCAUGAGCUAAAUAUCUUUUUUUUUCCAACAAUUUUUCUCUCACACUCACACCAUUUAUUCAAUCAAAUUUUCUGAUGAAUUUUCUUGUGAUUGAAACUAUGAAUUUGUGAUCGAAUCAAAAGCUGUGAUUGUUAGAGUUCUGCUGAGGAUCAAGAGCUUUUUUUUUCUCUACAAAACUUUGUAAUUCAGGCAAAAUGAGCUCUUUGCAAGGGCCUGUUGUUUGUCCUCUGGUUCAUGGAAAGCAAACAGGUAGACUCAGUUCACCUAUAGUAAAGGCUAAGAUGCUGAGGAGUACUGAGUUUUGGGGAUUUAAUGGGAUACAUAGACGGCGGAUUAAUGUGGUUCGUCUACCACGAUCACGUAUAAGCAAGUUGAUCGGAUGUAGUUUCAAUUCAUCAUCAAAUGACAGUGGUGGCAUGGCCGGGAAUUUUAAUGAAAGUGAUGCUGAUUAUGUGAAUUCUAGUGUGGUUGAAGCUGUUGAAGUGCAAAGCGGGAAAGAUGGUUUCAUGAUCAAGAUGAGAGAUGGAAGGCAUGUGAAAUGCGUCCAUAACAAUCCGCAGGGGGUUCAUGUACAUAAUUAUGCUCCAAACCCCGCUAUUGUGCUAAGAAUGGAGGAUGGGACGGGGCUGCUUCUUCCUAUAAUUGUUUUGGAGAUGUCUAGUUUGCUGCUGAUGGCCGCUAUACGCAAUGUCCAACUUGCCAGACCAACAAUGUAUCAAGUUUUGAAUGAAAUGGUCGAAAAGAUGGGCUACACAGUUAAACUUGUUCGAGUUACCAAGAGAGAGAACGAGACGUAUCUUGCUCAGUUACAUCUAACCAAGUUAGAUAACAAUGCUGAGAGUAUUAGCUUCGAUCUUCGUCCUUCUGAUGCAAUCAACAUCGCUGUGAAAUGCAAGGUGGCUAUACAAGUCAAUAGAAACUUAGCGUACAGUGAUGGCGUGAGGAUAGUUGAGUGUGCAGAUCCUGCACCGCGUGCUGCCACUUCUGACGUACCAUUGUUCAGCGGGGUUGACAAAUCCGCUGGGCAGCCAUCCAUGGAUGAAAAGGAGUUUAUUCUUGUGCGGAACAUGCUGGUUGCUGCAGUGGAAGUACGAUACAAAGAUGCAGCUCUUUGGAGGGACAAGCUUACUCAACUUCGAUCCAACAAGAACUGGACAUAGCAAGGAUUGUUGCAGUUUGUUGAAGCAAAGAACUCGAUAUGUAUAUAGAAACCAUUUAUCGAUACGAUCAAACAUUGAAGAUCAAUUAUAUAUACUCUUCCUCAAAUAUGUAUAUAUUGUGUAUUUGUAUAGACUAUAAUUCUAAUGUUAAGAAGAAAAAGCUAAAUAUAAGUGUCGAGUGGCCUAUUAAAAGUUUUAUAUU